AUGAAAUUGAAAAUUUUAAAUUUUUUCAUUUUUUUUAAUUUAAUGUUGCAUUUUUAUACUUUAAAGAUAAGAUGUAUUAAAAACAAAAUUAAUUCACAUUUUCUAUAUUACAUUAAAAAAGGUAAUUAUUUAAAAACAAAUAAUAAGUUCUAUUAUGUAAAAACAAAAAAAAAUGUUUCAGAUAACAAAUUUAAUCUAAAUGAAAAAAAGGAAGAUGAUAUUAUACCAUUUAUAAAUAAUUCAAAGAAUAAAAAUAUUUUUCGAAAUAAAUAUAAUUAUAUACCAUCACUAGACGAAGUAAAAGAAGACAUUGAGAAUUUUAAGAAAGAAAAAUCUUUCUAUUUUACUGAACAUAGUAUACUUGAAUUAAUAAAUAUAGAAGAUAACAUCAUUGUAAUAAAUAUUGAAGGAAAGUUUUUUGAAGAUAUUAAUGUAGUAUUUUCAGAAAUAACAAAAUAUCUAUUGGAUAAAUAUAUUGGUAUUUUAGGUAUUCAUCCAUAUAAUAUAAAAUCAUUGAAUAUUAAAAAUGAAAUUUAA